AUGUCGUCAAAUUCGGAAGACAAAAAUCGUCUAUCAUUAUGUGAUAUUAUUAUGCCAUAUGUUUAUAUUCGUUCAUUACUUAUUUAUGAUUAUCAUAUUGAUAAUUUAGAAAAAUUAUUUAAUGAAUAUCUUCAUUUAUAUUGUCCACAAGCAUUUCAAUGUAUUAUCUAUGAUGAAAAUAAAUUAUUAGAUGGACGAAUUGUAGAACAAGAACGAAAAAUCUUUUCAUAUGAAUCAAGAAUAAAUGAAAGCUCAUCGAGAUAUCUUAAUAAUGAUUGUUCUAUUGAAGAUUUAUUUCCGUAUGGUAUAAUACCAACAGAUAUUUCACCUUUAAUCUUUAUUCAUCAAAUAGAUUUCCAAGAUGGAACUAUAUUAGCAUUUGGUUGUCAUCAUUAUUUCUCUGAUGGUCAUGGAUUUAGUUCAUUAGGACAACGAUUUUCUUUAUGGUUAAAAGAGAAGAAUCCACCUUUAUUCGAUCAUGAUCGAUCGAAAUUAAGAUGUUCAUCUUCAAUUAAAUUCGAUCAUCCAGAAAUGAGUAUUAAUGAACCUAGUUAUUCUUUAUCAAAUUUAAUUUCAACAACAAAUACAAUCGUUAAACGUUUUACAAAAGAAUAUUUAUUUGAUAAAUUUGAAAUAACAAAUAAAAAUCUUUCUACGAAUGAUAUUCUUACUGGAUGGUUAACAAAAAUAAUUAGUCAAAUUCGUAAUCUACCUUCUGAAACAAUAAUUAAAGUUGGGAUGGCAAUGAAUGGACAAACAUUUUUACCUUAUAUUAAUGACAAUUAUUUUGGUAAUUGUAGUUUCUAUGUAUGUCUUUCAUUUUUAAUGUUCAAUUUAAAUCAUCUUACUGUUAAUGAAUUAGCUCAAUGGGUUAAUAUUGAAAAACGAAAAUUUAUGACAUAUGAGUAUAUUCAAUCAGCAUUAUCUUUUAUCGAUAAGCAUCAUCAAUCAUCAAUAAUUCAUUUAGGAUGGGAACCAUCGGGAGGUAUUGAUUUAUCGUUUACUAAUUGGUCAAAAUUUCCUUUAUAUAAAUGUGAUUUUGGUCAAGGUCAAGCGAAAGCAUUUAGAAUUCCUUUAAUUAUAUUUGAUGGUUUGAUUUUUAUAUUACCAACAUUGAAUAAUGAUGAAAUUGAACUUCAUAUUACAUUAAAAUCUCAACAUGCACAAUUACUUUUAAAUGAACUUAAUGAAACAAAUAUAAUUUAUAUGCUUGUAUCAUCAUCUUCAAAUGAUCAAUUAUUAGAUAGAAUAAAUAUUGAUAUUCCACCAAAUGCACAAAUAAAUGCACAUCGUCCAAUACUUAUUGGAAAUGAAGCAAUUUAUUUAUCAUGGACUAUGGGAAGUGAUCCAGAUUUAGUAUCAUCGAAUAUAACGGCACUUCCUCAAAUUUAA